AUGGAGCCUCCAGAGGGAUUUCGAGCUUCUUUCUUGCAAUUCUUACUAUUCCUUCCUUAUUUCAUUGGCUUGCUGUUUCUGGGUGUCAUCAAAGGUAUCGUUUUGUGUCCACUCGUAUGCCUCGUUGUGACUAUAGGCAACGCCGCAGUGAUACUAAGUUUUCUUCCCAUCCACAUUGUUUGGACGUUUUAUUCAAUAGUCAGUUCCAAACAAAUAGGACCGAUCUUGAAGCUCUUCAUAUGCUUAUGUCUUCCUGCCGCAAUCAUCCUCUGGCAAAUUCUUGGUAUAUUAGGGAGUCUUCUUGGAGGAGCUUUAUAUGGUUUCUUCUCCCCAAUAUUCGCCACCUUUGACGCCGUUGGCGAAGGCAAGCCUUACCCGUUUUUCCACUGCUUUUACGAUGGAACUUGGAGCACCCUCCAACGCAGUUUCACCGUUGUCCGCGAUUUCAAAGAUGUUUGCUUUCACUCCUACUUCUCGCUCAUGGACGAGCUUAAAAUAUGUUGUCCUGAUCGCAAAUACUAUGAAAUAAGGUUACUUCAGCUUCCAGGGGCUUUGGUAGUUUCAUGUCUCGGGAUUCUUGUUGACUUCCCGGUGAUCUCACUCGUUGCCAUAUUCAAGAGCCCUUACAUGCUGUUCAAAGGAUGGCGCCGUCUGUUUCACGAUUUGAUCGGACGUGAAGGUCCGUUCUUGGAGACAAUGUGCGUCCCAAUCGCAGGCCUUGUGAUCUUGCUCUGGCCUUUGGCUGUCGCUGGCGCGGUUAUUGGCUCGGUGGUCUCUAGUGUCUUCCUCGGUGCUUAUGCAGGAGUGGUCUCGUACCAAGAAUCAUCGUUUUACUAUGGACUCUGCUUUGUAGCUGCGUCUCUGUCCAUUUACGACGAGUACAGCACCGAUAUACUUGACAUGGAUGAAGGAUCUUGCUUUCCGAGGCCAAAGUAUCGGAGAAACGAAGAGGGGUCAACGGCGUUUUCAGGUCCUAUAGCAAAAGUAGGCUCUCUCAAGAACAAGGGUUUGACAAAACUGGAAUCAGUCAGAGUCCCUAUGAUUGAUAUUAAGCCUCUUGAUCUUUUGGUGGGUCUGUUUGAGGAAUGUAGGAAGUUUGGAGAAGUUUUGGCGGGAAAGGGACUGAUAAACUCGAAAGAUAUAGAAGAGGCGAGAUCUAGUAAAGGCAGCCAAGUGAUCAGCGUUGGCUUACCUGCUUAUGCACUUCUUUAUGAGAUUCUUCGCUCUGUCAAAGCAAACUCUGUUGGCUUGUUACUCGGUGAUGGUGUAACUGAAUUAACUACCAAGAACCGACCAAAAGAUGCGUUUUUUGACUGGUUUCUGAAUCCGUUUUUGAUACUAAAGGAGCAAAUGAAAGCUACGAAUUUGUCACAGGAAGAAGAAGAGUAUCUCGGAAGGUUGGUUUUGCUGUAUGGAGAUGCAGAGAGGCUAAAGGACUCGUAUGUUGAUUUCGUCUCUCCUCCUCUCACUGAGCGUAAAAGAGCCGAACUUGAUGCCUUUGCUCGCAGGAUUCAAGGGCUAACGAAAACGGUGUCAAGGUAUCCAACGUACCGUCGACAUUUUGUGGAGUUAGUGAAGAAACUAUCGGAGGAUAUGGUUGAGAAACACGGCGGUCCGGUUAAGGACGAAGUGUCUAUAACAGAACCGCCUGCUCCGGUUAAGAUAUUUACUCGGAUAUUCAGUAGUCAGAGAUCGUUCAGAAGAAAAGGGAGUGUCAAUGGAUCCGAUCAAGAAUCACGAAAGGGUGUCUCACUCCCAAGGAAUGUACAUAUCGUUUAA